AAGAUGUCACGCAAUUCGAGUCUCGACGAUUCGGAGAAGGGGCUACUCGAUGAUUCCAAUGUCGAAGAUACCCAACAACCCGUCCGUAGAGGAGACAAGCUUGUCUCCAUCCACGGAAUGCUCGCCAUCUUCAUACAUACUGUCAUAGCACUUGGUUAUAUGACAGCACUCUACUUUUACAUGCGUACACCAGAACCACAAGACCGUCUUUACUCACCUGCAAAUGCUGCUCUGAAGUUCGAGAGCCGAACAGUGCAUGGAGAACUGGAUGACAACAAUCCGUACAAAGGACCACCUUCUCCAGAACUUGAUGCCGCAUGGCAUGACCUUCUUGCACCAACUGCAAUUCGUGCGUCCAAGGAGGACAUGGACCGAAUGAACCGAACAUCCAUUCCACUUGAAGAUGGUUCGGGGUACUUCGUAACGCUAGAUGUUUACCAUCAAUUGCAUUGUCUGAAAUACAUUCGACAUUCGAUUCAUCCCGAAUACUAUACCAUCAAUGAAUCGAAUAAAGAGGAGCAUCUCGACCAUUGUCUGGAUGUGAUCCGCCAGUACAUCAUGUGCAAUGCGGACGUUACUGUUAACACUUACACAUGGCGAGACGAUAAGCAGAAGCCAUGGCCAGUAUUCACAAGCAAACACAAGUGCGUAGAUUGGGAUGCGCUUCAUGGUUGGGCUUUGGAUCACUCAUUCGAUGGAUUUGAUCCAGCACUAAUUCGUCAUCCGGGGUCGAAGCAUACUAGAUGA